AUGUCGGCGGAGGAGACGGUGCAGAUCGUGCUGGAGGGCCGCUGUUACCCCGUGAGCAAGAAGAAGCUCCUCGAGCAGAGUGACUACUUUCGCGCCCUGUACCGCUCCGGCAUGCGGGAGGCCGGACGCCCGGCCUCGGGGGGCCCCGAGGUGCAGCAGCUGCGGGGGCUCAGCGCCCCCGGCCUGCAGCUCGUGUUGGAUUUCAUCAACAGCGGAGGGGCUGGGUCCGGCUGGGUCCUGGGCCGGCCCGGAGAGGAGGAGGCCGACGAAGGCAGCCUGCUGGAGGAGCUGGUGGAAGCGGCCUCCUUCCUGCAGGUCACCCCUUUGCUGCAGCUGCUGCUCUCCCAGGUGCGGCUGGAGAACUGCCUGGAGCUGCACCGCCUGGCCCAGGUGUACGGGCUGCCGGACCUCCAGGGGGCCUGCCUGAGCUUCAUGGCCGCCCACUACCACCAGGUGCUGCGCAGCCCCCAGUUCCCCCUGUUGGCCGCCCCUCCGCAGGCUCCGGGGGAGGCCAGCCUCCAGCAGAAGCUGAGGGAGGGCAGGAUGAAGGGGAAGGCCGUCCUCCUGGCCCUGGGAGACUUCCUGGGUGGGCCCCUGGCCCCGCACCCACACCAGGGAGAGCCCAGGUCCAUGCUUCGGUAUGACGAGGCCGCCCAGCGCUGGCUGCCUCUGGCCAACCAGCUGCCCCCCGACCUGGUGAACGUGCGGGGCUAUGGGUCUGCCAUCCUGGACAACUACCUGUUCAUAGUGGGAGGUUAUAGGAUCACGAGCCAGGAGAUCUCUGCCGCCCACUGCUAUAACCCUUGCAGAAAUGAGUGGAGUCAGGUGGCCUCCAUGAACCAGAAGAGGUCCAGCUUCAAGCUUCUGGCUGUGAGUGGAAAACUGUAUGCCAUUGGUGGGCAGUCUGUUUCCAACGUGGAGUGUUACAAUCCUGAGCAGGACUGGUGGAACUUUGUGGCCCCUUUACCCAACCCUCUGGCCGAAUUCUCUGCCUGUGAGUGUAAGGGAAAAAUUUAUGUCAUAGGAGGAUACACCACCAGAGACAGGAAUAUGAACAUUUUGCAGUACUGUCCCACCUCUGACGCCUGGACUAUUUUUGAAGUCUGCGAGGUCCACAUUCGCAAACAACAGAUGCUGUCCGUGGAGGAGACCAUCUACUUGGUGGGAGGUUGUCUCCAUGAAUUUGGACCCAACAAAAGGACCAACCCAAGCGAGGACCUGCUAACCGUGCAGUCUUAUAAUACCAUUACCCGGGAAUGGCUCUAUCUCAAGGAGAACACGUCCAAAUCAGGUCUUAACUUGACUUGCACACUUCAUAACGAUGGAAUCUAUAUUAUGAGCAGAGACAUUACUCUCUCCACUAGCCUGGAACACAGGGUUUUUCUCAAGUAUAAUAUCUUUUCAGAGAGUUGGGAGCCAUUUAGACGUUUUCCGGCCUUUGGACAGAACUUACUGAUUUGUUCUCUGUAUCUGCCAAGUGAAACAGAAAUAUAACUGCAUUUAAUUUAGGAUAUUGAAAGAGCCCAAUUAGACAGAAGAAGUAAAGUCCCAUUAUAAGAAUGAUUGGCAUUGGCCCAGUUUGCCAAUAUGUUAGGCCACGUAUUUAGCCUUUAUAAAUAACCUUACUACUCGCUCAAAUUUAUUUCACUAUUUCAAAAGAUUUGUGACUUUCAUGAUACUGGUACUCUCUCAACCCAUACCAAUAAUCCACACCUUAGUAAAUAAGUUUUUCAUGAGUUGCUGUGGCCAAAAAAAUUUGAUCAGCAGCCCCUAAAAAGUUUAAGUGGCAAAAUAUGAGUCACUCUGAACUGAACUGGAGUAUUGGGCUGCUACCUUCCUGGUACUCCACGCUGUGGGACCAUCCUGGAGAUUCCAAAGUGAGUUGGAGAUGCCUUGGGCUCCCUUCAACAUUUUUUAAGCGCUUACUGUGUGUUAGGCACUGUGCUGGUCUCUGGGAAUCUAAUACAAAAGAUGUAACAAUGCCCUCAUGGCACGGUGAGCUUCUUGGGGAAAGGAACUUUCUUUGUUAUCCAUAUCAGUGCCUGGCACAAAGUAAGUGCUUAACUUGAUUAACUGAGGGGGAAAUAAAAAAGAUUCCAGGAGUUCUCCUGUCUAGAAUUUCAUUCUAGGUCUUUUAUUUGUUAAUAAAUGACAUCAAUCCCUUUUAUGAAGGGAUAGGAAGAAGAAGGAAAGACAGUGGGGACAGUACAAGAGUAUGAACAUAAGCAUGAGGGAAGAAAGUGUCCAAGCCUGUACAAUAGUUUUUUCCCCUAGAAAAGGGUUACCCAGAAUUAUAAGGGGCCCCUGGGUGGGGGGGGGACGCCAAUAUCUCCAUCUGCCACAAUUAGGUGCCAAGAGCUUUAGAUUCAGACUUUGUUAAAGGAUGCUUUAGGGGCAUCAUUCUUCCUGGUCAAUAAUAGUUUUUGCUGGUCUACCAGUGCCAAGUUUACAAACCAGAGAAGAUCACUGUUAAAAGAUGAGAAGUUCAGAGGUUAGCUGAAAGGCAGAACAAUUAAUUCAGAUCAUUAAAUCUGCGCCUUAUUGGGUUUUGCUUUUUGGUAAUGGGAAGGGGGCAUGUUUUAGUUUUCAAACAGUGAAAGGAAUAGUAAGACCUUAGUUGUGAGGAUCAGGAAAAGAAAGAGCACUUUUCACAUAUUUAUAUAUGAAGACAUUAAUUAUAUUGACCUAAUACAUAUCCUUUGUGGGGGCAUUGCCAUGCUUGUGUCCAGAGUCUUUCCUGAAGGAUGGGACCCACCAGACUUUGAAUCCUUCUGACAUAGCUUCCAAGAACCCAGGGACACUUCCAUGCCAAGAUGAGUUAUCAGAGUAGGGCUUUAGUGGAGGCUUACUUGAACUAAUUACUUGAAAAUGAAAAAGAAAAAGAAAAAAAAAGAGGCCAACGUUUUAAACCUCAGGCGCACAUUUCCUGAAAGUAUUUUUUAUCCAAACAUGACACCUGUCAUCCAAUAUAUUUUAAGGAAUGGGACUAACCAACAAUGACUAGCUGCAUGUUUUUUGCUUGAUUAAGGACCAAAGUCAAUAAAU